AUGGAGAGUAUCUCUGAGAGUGCAGAUGUUGAGGAUAUCCCGCGAAGCCAUCCCCUUAUCGCUGCUUUCGACUUGCACACCGCGGCCAUAGAUCGACGUCAGAAUGCAGAAGCUGAUUGGGACCGCGCCGAGCGCGCUCUUCAGCUGCUAGUCACUGAGAUACGCGUUCGCCGCAACGCUUCACUCUCCCCCAUAUUUCGACUACCGGCGGAAGUUCUGUCGAUUGUGUUCUCCCUGGUUGUGUGCUCCGGGCCUCCGCAUAUCCCACGCACCGCCGCUGCUCUAUCCAACUAUCAAAGCGUAAAGGAGGACGUCUUUGACGAUUUGGACACAAACACGUGGGGUCAUAUACCGCUCGUCGAGCAAGGAUCAUUGGAAUGGUUGCGGUUAACACAUGUGUGUUCACGUUGGCGGAAGCUACUAGUCGAUAAUUGCCACCUCUGGGCGGAUAAUCUAGGUCACCUCCCCCGCGCUACAGCGGAAUGUCUGCGCCGUGCUGGGAAUAUACUUCCUUUGAAGAUCACCACCGUCUGCAGCUCGGAUAUUCAUGACGAGAACUGGACUCUAACCGUCCCGAAGGCCAAUCUUACCCCGACAGAGAGUGCCUCUCUGUGCUCUCGCAUUCAAUCUCUACACAUACUUGAUCUCAGGGAAGACGUACAUCCGAUGGACGAGUCCUACGCGAACUAUGAGUUUGACGAUCUCGAGAUCCUGGAUUUGGCCAGGGCUCAGAUGACCUUGGGCAACCCCAUCGCAGAAAACUGGGGGCGACUCCCGGUACUGCGUGCCCCUCGAUUACGCACCGUCAUGCUCAGGAACAUUGUUGUCCCAUGGCGAUCAAAUGCACUCACAUAUCUCUCCAUCCAUUUGUGGUGUGCAUCCAAGAUCCCAUCGUCGAGCCUUCUGGAAGCAUUGUUCUCUUCUCGAGAGACGCUACAGUUUUUAGAACUAGUUCGUGUUACGCCCACGUUUGCCCCCGGGUUCAGCGCCGCUAGCAUCCGAGAGCUUGAGCUACCUCGUCUCAGAACCCUGCACUUUGCAGAUAGAGACGAACAAGAAACGUCGUUUCUCCAGAUCGUGCGCUUGCCGCCGACUGUGAACUUGCAGUUAGACAUUUACUGUGAACCCAACAGUGAUCCUACCUGGAAUACCCACGCUCGACUGGGUAUCCCCAUGGCGUUGUCGCUCGAGCGCUCACACUGCGGGCCCGAUCUCAAUGCUGUCUUCAUUGCAUCCCGAAGAACUUCGCUCGAUCCGGAUGAGCCCUCGCGGAUCGACAUAGCCAUGUACCGCGAUGAUAUGUCCCCGUUGAGCGGCCAAGAGGUGUACCUCCUUGAAACGCCGAAAUUGCGGUUCGUGGCAGACGCGAAUGGCCUUCCGUACCGGUUACCACACGUUCUUCUGUCUCUGUGCAAUGUCUUCGACAUGGAACGCUUUGUAUCCGUCUCCCUGGACUUAGCGGGCUGGUUACUUACAGACAUCAAGGCCGUGGUAUCGCACUUCCGCAGAGUUGAGACACUGCGCGUCUUGAACCCGUUGGACGUCGUUUACGCCGAUCCCUUUCCGCCCGACAGAAACGAGAACUAUGGAGAACUCGAGUUCCCGUACUUCCCACAAGCUGAGCCAGACCUCCCGCAUCGACUUGAGACGCUAUGGGUUAUACAAACCGAGGAGCUCGAAGACACACUCGUAGACUGGUGCGAGCAGCUUGAGUCACAGCUGCACAAGUCCUUUUGGGAUCAACCUGAAAGCAUUCGCCGACGCUACAAGAAGCCCAUCAAGGUCCUGCGCUUGGAACUCAACAUUCCGAUAUCGGACGAAGAGCGUCUCCGCGCGGAGAGCGUCGCCAGUGCUCUCUUUGACCCAUACGUUGACAUCUGUCAAUGGGGUACGGUACACACGAGUUAG